UCACCUCACGUGCUCAUUGCGUGAUUGCGUCAUAUGACGCAUCUUUGGCUACGUCGGCUGUGUGAUUCCUGCUUCUGUCGUGCCAUCCGGUCCGAACCAAACCCCGCGCCUCUGUGUCGUGUUGACAGUGAAAGACAACGACCGCUUUUCGUUGAGACACCGUUGUAGUGCUGUUGUAUUUAUCAGUUCAUCUGUAAGAUAUGGUUUUGAACCAUUCUGCGUGCGAUUGUUGUUGUUUUGACCACUUUUAUUUGUCUCCCUUGCUGACGCCAAUAAACUGUCGGUUGCGUUAUCUGGAGUGACCCAUCGUCAUAGGAUCCACAAAGUCAACAUGUUUUGGUACCUUCUACUCGCUGGAAUGCUAGUUCCUGCUCACACGUUGGACCAUCCAGAAGUACUCAGUUUGGUGAUAAGAAAGUUGAGUGGCCAAGCAGAACAGCACCGUAAUAGUAGUGGCGACGUGGCAACAAAUAGAUAUAAUUUCCUGCCUAUCAACGAUGUUCAAGGAACAGACUGGGAGCACCUUGCAGGACUUGAGCAAGAUCCUUGUUCAGCGUGGAAUGCAACCAUCGUUAUUACAGCAUCUUAUAUCAUGAGGACUGUUGAAGCUGAUUUAAAACUGAUUUCUGACCCUGGCUGCGAGACUUACGAGGUGCACCUCUGGGAAAUGUUGGUGGGCCACCCAGGCUACGAACCGUGUAUCAACGGCAUGGUUUUAGUAAUGAGUGCUACGUUCCAGUUUUCCGAUUCUAACCACGUAGUAACAUUUGAAAAUGUCACAGCCGGAAACUAUUGCGUCAGGAUAACACCCUGUCCUCCUUCGGAUUGUCUGACAUUAUACUCUAAGGUUGUUGAACUCCCCGAAAUGAUAAGCCACGAAGAGGCUGUCUUGUCUCACAAAAAGCCUGAGGAAGAUUACUACUUCCUGUUCCUCCUGCUCCCAUUUGGUUUGGUGGUUUUUAUUGGAUACCUGAUAUACUAUCAAAAGAAGAGAAACAUAGGUCUCCCACAUAUAACUUCGAUUACAAAGAUUGUUACAGCCAAAGCAGUGGACAGCACUCCUGUCAUCAAGGUCGUGUACUCACGUGACAGUCCUCAGCACAACGAGGCCGUGGCCUGCCUUUGCCGCUUCUUGGAAAAAGAAGUGAACGUCAGAGUAGUGUACGACGAAAAUGCUCACGCUCAUGCACACCUCACCUCUGACUGGGCCAUAGCUAUGGCCAACGUGCACUGCCCCAACUUCACAUCAGAGCCUCGAAAAAGCAAGACUGAAGAAAAGAUACUGGUGAUUGAAUCUGAUGGAGGAUUAAUCAAGCAAGACGCUCAUCAUAAUUACAAAGACCUGAGCCUCGCAGUAACAGACUACACGGACGAGAUGUACCACAUCACCUACAAUGCAUUGCUGUCGCGACAAGCGCAAGCUCUCGGUGACUACUGCCACAUCUUCGUUGCACGUUUUUCCUACACGGCUACGGGGUCCAGACUGAACCUAGUUCCUGAGAAGCGAUAUACACUCCCGGAGCACAUGAAAGAGCUGCUGAGUGCCUUACUUCACACGUCAACCUCGCAAGGAUGCAACCUCACUUCUGACAGACUGAAAAAAAUGAUGGAGUCUGAGACCUACCAGCAUCUGCUGCUCCUAGUGGACAACAUGAAAAACAGUUUAGAUCAAAAUCCAGAUCUAAUAAGGGAUAAGCUGAAGACAAUCAUUGUCUCUUAAUGGCAAACUCUUUGCGACCACGCAGUCAUGGUUUUGAGGUGAGCGCAGAUAAGACGGACAGUACAUUUCUGCAUCUGAAAGGUAUUCCGCGACAGUGUCCGCAGACUGUGUUAGUUGAAAUAGGUGCAUCCACAUACGCACGGAUAUUGAGUAUAUCCGCCCAUCCGCAGUCAUUUCAUUUGUAGGAACGAUCUAAAAGGAUGUCACACAUCGACACCAUUUUGGGUUCGGUGUGCUCUCAAUCAUGGCUUCACCUAAGGGACGUUGGCAGAGACACUAAUGCUCGUUUGGGGAUAAAAUGUGGGUACCCGUUCAUACCGCAGAUGCGUGUGUGUGUGGUUUCAUCCACAUUUUAUCAUCCACGUUUUAAGGUGUAUAUUUCGUUCCGCAAACCAGAAUGUAGCGCAAAUAUCAGCACGGAUAGGCGGAUAUAGAACCGUACUCGUGCACCCCUCUAGUCACAGUAUCUUUUUCAACAUGGGCUGUCAUUAGCGCAUACCAGUGAAUGAACAUUUUCAUUUUGGGCCUUCUAAGGUGCGGUGAGAGGAGUGACUUUGGUUGUGGUGGUGUAAAUAUGGGCCAGUAGUGAAACUACAUAGGACAGUAACGUGGAGUGCUGUGACAUUACAGGCACUUUUACACUCCUCCUUGGUUUGUCCUAAGAGCUCCUGCUGUGUGAAAACUUGUGUGUGUGUGAAAAAUCGGAGAAAUCUGUGGACAACGUUUUAUUGGUUGAGGGACUACAUAGGGCUAGUUUUCAUGAAACUGCGUCCCCGUCAGAAGUUGACAUCUGUCGUUUCCGAACACAUUUAAGGGCAAGAACUGUUUUAGUUGCUGGCAUGCAAAUAAUUGCUUUCCCAAGCUGAACUGACUAUAGUUCUUACUCAAUUUGUAAAAUUUCAAAUAUUGAAAGUUAAUAUAUAGUUACUUCUCAAAGAUACAUAAUUCUGACAUAACUAUUUGUGUGACUAGAUCUCAUGGAAAGCUUCCAGGGCAAUCGUGUGUCUCUAUGACACGUAAUCUGAGACACGUGUUCACCAUCAAGGCAUAACAAAGCAUACACGUAAAUGUAAAAAUUGUGGCUAUUCAUAUUAGGAACUCAGUGAUGACCUGUAGUACUAGAAUUACCGAUGCCUUUGAAGAGCUUGCAUACCUACAAUGUAACAGACGGUGGCAUACUGUGCGGUAUUGUACGUUGUUUCCUGUGUCCCCGUUCCUGAACACAGUUACGAUUCGACAUCCUUAUUUGUUCCUAAUGAUCGUUCUGAUGUGCUUAACAGUGCUUAACAUAUCUACUUAUCCCAUCAUAAUUGUGGCUGGAAGAAUGUCUUCCCUACGUAAAGUAUCUCCUUUUUUUUUUAAUGUGGUUUGCGCUGGAUUUAAAAAGCAUUCCACUUUUUUAUGGUACUGUACGUCUGGGCAUGACUGAAAGGGAGUGAUUUUAUAUUUUUACAGAUAAAUAAAUGUAUUUUUGGCACA